AUGCCGGCCCAAAAGACGUCAUCAUCUUCGUACCUCGCCGACCUCGAGCGUGAUGGCUUCGUCGUUGUCAAGUCCAUCGUUAGUAAGGAGAGGCUCGAGCUGCUCCGAGAGGCCAGUGGCAGGGUGGAAAAGAUGGCCAGAGCCGGCCAGUGGCCUCACAUCCGGACCGUCGGCAAGCAGUUCCCUCCGUGGGACUCGACGCCGGAAAAGGGCAUCUGGGGCGUCCAGCACCUCAUGAAGCCCGACCUACCCGGCUGCGACAUCUUCGCCGACAUGUACUUCUCCGAGGAGGUCCUGAGCAUCGUCCGCGAGCUGCUGCAAUGUGACGAUGACGAUCUCGUCAUGGAACUCUUCAACAUGCUCGUACGGCCGGACAGCGACUUUGAGCUGCGCUGGCACCGCGACGACAUCCCUGCGACGGCGACGGCCGAGGAGGAGAUGGACCGGCUCGGCCACCCGGCUUUCCACGCCCAGUACAAUUUCGCCCUGUGGGACGAUCGCUCUCUCGUCCUCGUCCCGGGCUCCCACAAGCGCGCCCGGACGGAGACGGAGCGGUCGGCCGACCCGUUCGAGAAGGUGCUGCCGAACCAGCUGGUCGUCCAUCUCGAGCCGGGCGACAUUGCCUUUUACAACAACAACAUCCUGCACCGGGGCGUCUAUGACUGCAGCAAGGAGCGUGUCACCCUGCACGGAUCCGUCGGCCACGCGGGCGGCAGCAAGCUCCGGGCCAGAAACGUGCUGCAGCACGGCAUCGGAGCCUGGGUCGACAAGGUGGACUUUUCCAACAUGAAGGACGGCGAUCGGCGGCGGGCCGAGGCGAUGCGGGCGAGGCUCGUCAGGAUGGGCGGCGAGAGCGGCGAGGUCGGGUACUCGCUUCAAGGUUGA